AUGUCGGCGUCCGGGAUUAGAGCCAGAUUCAACAAUCUGGUGCGAAGGACCGGAAACAGUCAACGACAAGGACAUCAGGACGGACGCACUGUGUGGAAGGUCAUAUCGUCUAGCUAUGUUAACAUUCUGUUGGUCUUUGUGCCGCUGGGGAUUGCUGCUGGAGUAGUGGAUUGGCCUGCCAUGGCGAUUUUUGUGCUCAACUUCUUGGGCAUCAUUCCAUUGGCGGCAUUGCUCUCCUUUGCCACUGAGGAGUUGGCCCACACUGUUGGUCCGGCGAUUGGAGGAUUGCUCAACGCCACCUUCGGCAAUGCCAUCGAGUUGAUUGUUUCGAUCAUUGCUCUGAACAAGGGGGAGUAUCGUCUUGUGCAGGCCAGUAUUCUUGGCAGUGUUCUGGUCAACAUCCUUCUAGUUCUAGGCUGCUGCUUCAUUUCAGGUGGCAUCCGACGACGCGAAUCGAGAUACGAUCCAACCGUAGCCGGCAUCAUGUCCGCUCUCCUAACUCUGGCCUCCUCAGCCUUGAUCGUACCCGCCAUUCUCUACUCCACGCUCCGCGACUCAGCAGACGGCGACACGAUUGACGUCCUGGCCGUCUCACGCGGAACAGCAAUCAUCCUGAUCGUGCUCUACUUCCUCUACCUCGUAUUCCAACUCCGAACACAUUCCAAUCUCUUUCGCGACGACGGCCCCGAACCCGAAGGCGACGGUGACGAGAACAUCGACCCCGUACACGCCCAAUCCAAGCACCACAACGAAGAGAUCGAAACGACCCUCGGACCAAAAGGAGCCUUGGCCUGCCUCGUGGUCACCACACUCUGCGUGGGUGUCUGCGCCGAAUUCCUAGUCGACAGCAUCAACGAGAUCGUCGAAACGACAUCCAUGUCCAAGACCUUCAUUGGUCUGAUCCUCCUCCCCAUCGUCAGCAACGCCGCCGAGCACGUCACAGCCGUCAUCGUCUCGUGGAAAGGCAAGAUGAACCUGGCCCUCCUCGUGGAUCUCGGAAGUGGCCUGCAGAUCGCGCUGUUCGUCACGCCGCUACUGGUACUCUUCGCGUGGGCGAUGGAAAAACCGCUGUCACUCCACUUCCAGCUAUUCGAGACGGUUGUGUUCUUCUUGAGCGUACUCGUGACGAAUUUCCUCAUCCGAGGCGGGACGAGCAAUUUUCUUGAGGGUUGCUUGUGUGUUGGUUGGUACUUGAUCAUUGCGCUGGCGUUUUUCUACUAUCCUGAUAACGACCCGAUGACGAAUGGGUGA